AUGGGUUCGACGCAAGAGAUUAAAGUCUUACCAGAAGACACCACCGAUGCUUUCCAUGUACCUUCGGUUGGUGGAUUUUUCUGGGAGAAAUUGUCUGGUGCUGGCGUCGAGAUGAGAGGAGCCGAGCCAGUUCCUGUUGAGAAGCGAACCGACACUCGCUAUGUCAAUGUCUUUACGGUUUUCGCAACUUCAAUGACCAGUUUGCUGCCAAUUGGCAUUGGGAGCGCAACAACUCUAGGUUUCGGCAUGUCGUUGAGGGAUGCGGCGCUGAUGCUCAUCUUCUUGCAAUUCCUAUUCGGAAUACCCGCAGCCUAUGUCAUCACUCUUGCACCGUUGACCGGGAUGCGCCAGAUGAUUCAGUCUCGUUAUUGCUUCGGAAAAUAUUGCAACAUGCUUACAUCGGUCAUUGUCACACUCACCGUCGGAGGUUUCGGUGUCACGGGUAGCAUCAACGGAGCGCAAUGCCUCGCCGCUGUCAAGCCUGGCACACUUCCAGUCGAGGGCGGCAUUGCUAUCAUCAUGAUUAUCAGCUUGGUUAUUGGCUUUAUGGGGUACCGUGUUCUCCAUCUUUUCACCCGUUGGGCUUGGAUCCCAACUUUAAUCGCCAUUAUCAUCCUAGUCGGCUCGGCAGGAGACCAGCUUUGGCAACAGACCCCUGCCCGCGAUCAGUCUGCAAAGGGAUAUAUGGCCAUGGUGGCAUUUUGUGCUGGUAAUAUGAUUACUUGGGCAAAUGUCGCUGGUGACUAUGCCUGCUACAUGCCACCAACAGCUCCACGCCUCCGAAUCGGCCUAUACUGUCUAUUUGGGAUUGCCCUCCCAUUUUGCCUUCUGAUGAUUCUGGGUGCUGCAAUAGGCGGAGCGGUGUUCAGUAUUCCUGCGUGGACGGCUGCAUAUAAGCUUCAUGGAAUCGGUGGCGUCAUUGGAACUAUUCUGGUCACUCGACUAGGCGAUUUCGGUCGCUUUAUCCUGGUCAUUCUUGGUGUUUCAGUGUUGGCUACGUGUGCCCGGGAUGUCUACACCAUUUCCUUCAAUCUGCCUGCUCUUGCACCAAUCUUGAAGAAGGUACCUCGUGUCAUCCUUGCGGUCUUGGCCACUGCUGCGAUCAUUGGAGUUGCUAUCCCCGCGUCGAAGUCGUUCGUUUCUGCCAUCACAGGCUUUCUGAGCAUUAUCGGCUAUUAUGCCGGUGCGUCAGUGACUUGCUUCCUGACCGAGUUCAUUGUUUUCCGCAAAGCAGACUAUCGCAGCUUCGACCCUCUGAUCUGGAACGAUGGGAGGAAGCUACCUACAGGCCUCAGCGCCCUUGCAUCGGUGUUGAUUGCCUGGGCAUUUAUCAUACCGUCGAUGAAUCACACCUGGUUUGUUGGGCCUAUCGCGAAGAAAACGGGAGAUUUGGGUUUUGAGUUUGCGGUGGUGGUAGCCUUAUUGGCGUACAUUCCCAUCAGAAGUCUCGAGAUCAAGAUUAGGGGCCGGCUAUGA